UGCUCACCGCUGUUCUUCUCCGUUCUUCUGUUCUAAAAUUUCGGAUAAAAUUUCUAAAUUUUGAAAUAAACCUAAGAAUUAGGCAGCACGAUUAUUUAAUUUACUCAAUGAUGUUGUAAGUGGUAGACAAACUGGUGAUAAGGAAAUCCAAAGCAAAAGAGAAAUAAAAUCCAACCCCCCAAUUGUUGGAGAGGUGUGCUUGUGGCAAGUGUCCAUCGUAAUAGGCUAAAUCUUAAUUGGUUCCCAAAUAAAGAUAGAGAGGCAGUGGAGGGCGGAGGACGAGUAUCGUAGAAUAAGAUGAGGCUACUAAGAACAAGAUGGGACCGUCAUGUCGCCGUGGUCCUUUUGUACUUGACCUGCUGUGCCCAAGCUUUCUACCUUCCAGGGUUGGCACCCGUCAACUUUUGUCCGGUGGACUCUGAGCUCUGCAAGUCAAAAAUCGAGGUGUUUGUUAACCGUUUGAACUCUUUGGAAUCUGUGAUCCCGUACGAAUAUCAUUACUUUGACUUUUGUACAGUCUCGGAAACUGAAGAGAAUGACAAGAGUCCUGUGGAAAAUUUAGGCCAAGUUGUUUUCGGCGAAAGAAUUCGACCGUCACCAUACAAGAUGGAGUUCUUGAAAAAAGAUGGGAGAACGUGCAUUCCAGUUUGCACAAAAUCUUAUGAUGGAUCAAAACCAGAAUCUUUACAAAAGUUAGCCGUGCUCAAGAAUGGAAUGAGUCUAAAUUAUCAUCAUCAUUGGAUAGUUGAUAACAUGCCCGUGACAUGGUGUUUUUUUGCUGAGAAAAACGAACAGUACUGCGAUACUGGAUUUCCCAUGGGUUGUUACAUUGACAAGGACAAAGUUCCUAGAGAGGCUUGUGGAUUAAUACCGGAAGCGUACAGGGAAGCUGACACGUAUUACGUUUUCAAUCAUGUGGAGCUAGUUGUCUCGUAUCACAGCGGAAAGGAGACGGAUUGGGGAAGCCAGUUGGGUGAAAGUGGGAGAAUCAUUUCAAUCAAGGUGGAACCUCGAAGUUUUGCUUAUUCUGACCCAAAGAAACCGAAUUGCGCCGAUACUGAAGCACCAAUGAAAAUACCAGGCAGGGCUUUGAGAAGUGGUGAAACGAUUAACGUUACGUACUCAUACUCGUACAAGUUUGAGGAAAAAAAUGAUGUCAAGUGGUCAUCUCGAUGGGACUACAUUUUGGAAUCAAUGCCACAUACCAAUAUUCAGUGGUUCUCUAUUCUGAAUUCCUUGGUCAUCGUGCUAUUUUUAUCCGGGAUGGUGGCAAUGAUCCUUUUGAGAACUCUGCACAAAGAUAUUGCACGAUAUAAUCAGAUUGACUCGGGAGAGGAUGCUCAAGAAGAGUUCGGAUGGAAACUCGUUCACGGUGACUGCUUUAGGCCCCCAAGAAAAGGAAUGUUACUCUCAGUGUUUGUUGGCUCGGGUGUCCAAGUAUUGUCCAUGUCGGUAAUCACAUUGGCAUUUGCUUGUCUUGGAUUUCUAUCACCGGCCAACAGAGGAGCAUUGAUGACUUGCGCCAUUGUUCUGUACGUUUGUCUCGGAACUCCUGCUGGAUACGUCUCUGCAAGAAUUUACAAAAGCUUUGGAGGUGAAAAAUGGAAGUCCAACGUCAUUCUUACUUCAAUGCUAUGCCCUGGUGUUGUCUUUGGCGUGUUUUUCGUGAUGAAUCUAAUUCUCUGGGCUGAAAAGAGCUCUGCAGCUGUACCAUUCUCUACUUUGGUUGCUCUUCUUGCCAUGUGGUUCGGAGUAUCUGUGCCUUUGACAUUUGUCGGAGCAUAUUUUGGAUUCAGGAAGCGAACAAUUGAACACCCUGUUCGAACCAACCAAAUUCCAAGGCAAAUUCCGGAUCAAAGUGUGUACACUCAAGCAGCACCAGGUGUCAUUAUGGGAGGAGUCCUUCCUUUCGGAUGCAUAUUCAUUCAGCUUUUCUUCAUUCUGAAUUCAAUUUGGUCUAGUCAAAUGUACUACAUGUUCGGAUUUCUGUUUUUGGUCUUUAUCAUUUUGAUGAUCACUUGCUCCGAGACCACAAUUCUGUUAUGUUACUUUCAUCUCUGCUCUGAGGAUUACCGAUGGUGGUGGAGAUCCUUUUUGACAAGUGGAUUCACUGCAUUCUAUUUGUUCCUCUAUUGUGUCCACUACUUCUUUACAAAACUGAAUAUUGAAGGAUUCGCAUCUUCCUUCUUGUAUUUUGGUUACACUUUCAUUAUGGUUUUCUUGUUUUUCCUCCUGACUGGUACAAUUGGUUUCGCAGCAUGUUUCUGGUUCGUCAGGAAAAUCUACAGUGUAGUAAAAGUUGAUUAAAUAUAAUAUAUAUGAGAACUUACUUUGCAAGCUUGAUAAUCUAAACAAUUGCCAUGUGAUGUACUAAAUGUAGGAUUAAGUAAGAAUGGGGUAUUCGUUGAUUAUGUAUAUUUCGUAGAAUUUUUCAGUUUUUUAAAAAAAGUCAUGUACGUCCUUGCAAAAUCUUAUCAAGGGCAAAUCUUGAAUAAUUAAAUUCCUGUUAACUUAUUGCAUUCAUUAACCUUUGUUUGUUCGCGUGUAGAGUAUGCAAGAGGUGUAAUUAUAAAUUAUGUCAAUUAUCAUCAAAAGUAGAAAAUAUAUGUAAGCUUACAACUGUAAAUAAUACAUACCUAACCAACUAACCUGUAAGAAAGAAGCUAACCAAAAAAUUGACUUCGUAGUCCUUUUAGUCAGUCAUUUCUCAAAAAGUAGCACCUUUAACUUAUUAUUCAAUUGUAAAAUACCUGCACAAUGCCAACUAAGGAUAAGCAUACAUAAGUCAAAUGUAUUAUCAUCAUCGAUUAUAUAUAGUAUUGUAAUUAAUUCUUGCAAACGAAAGGAUACUGAUACGUGCAUAUAUAAGUUUAAGUGGUAUUAUUAAUAAUAAUAUGAAUCCUGGAAGUACUUUAUUAAUCAGAUUUAUCAAAAAUGAGAGGAAUGGGGUGUAACGAUUAAGGUGUGUAAUUGUUUAUAUUUUAGGAACUCGAGUACCUAUGAACUUGUCGGUAACUUUUAUUAAACUGUUCAUAUUGCAUAUUAGCAAACGAAUUAUGUUUGAUAUAGAUAGUAUUAUUAUAUGAAAAUACAUGACUUGUAUGUUAAAACGUA